AUGCUGGGCCAGUCAAACUACCUAGCAAUCGUCGGGGGUGGGAAGAACCCCAAGUUCCCGCAGAAUAAGUUGAUUAUAUGGGACGAUGCAAAGCAGAAAGCGGCCAUAACGCUUGAAUUCCGCACCUCGGUCCUCGGCGUGCGUCUAUCAAAAUCGAAGAUCGUCGUCGUGCUACUAAAUAGCGUCCAUGUUUUUGCAUUCUCGAAUCCCCCACAAAAGCAAUCAGUUUUCGAAACCUCAGACAACCCUCUUGGGUUGGCCUGUCUUGAUCAAAAGGUGCUCGCCUUUCCUGGCCGGUCUCCGGGACAGGUUCAGAUGAUAGAACUAGAGACUGGCAACAUCAGCAUUAUCCCGGCACAUAGUACGCCGCUACGAGCGAUGGCCUUGAGCCCAGAUGGAAAAUUGCUGGCAACAGCGAGUGAAGCGGGAACCUUGAUUCGGAUUUUCGCUACCGGAAACUGUACAAAAAUGGGAGAACUGCGACGGGGUGUUGACCAUGCAGUGAUAUUCUCCGUUUGUUUCUCGCCAUCCAAUAACUUGCUGGCAGUGACAUCCGACAAAUCGACACUCCACAUCUUUGAUCUCUCCCACCAGCAACAUGUCACAAGGCGCAGCCAGUCGCCGGCACCAGCGUCUGAGGAACCAGCUACUAGCCACAAGUGGGGGUUCCUCGGCAGGAUUCCCCUUCUGCCUCGAGUCUUCUCGGAUGAGUACUCAUUUGCCAAUGCGCAUUUCGAGAUGGGUGGAGAAGCCACCCCAGGAUCGCCAUAUGUGCCACCAAUUGGGUCUUCAAUAGGACGACCUCAGAAAGGCCUGAUAGGCUGGUGCGAUGAUCAGACCGUCUUGGUUAUUGGGUCUGGAAGAGACGGUCGCUGGGAGAAGUUUGUAAUUCGAGAGGGCGAGGAAGGCAAGAGAUAUUGUGUGCGGGAUGGUUGGAAGAGAUAUCUUGGUGGCGCUUGA